UGCACGUCAGAUAGAGUGCCAGGCCAUCCAUGUCACACAUGCGAGCUGGCAACCCAAGUAUAAACACAAAACCUACCGGAACCUUGAAAAUGUGCUCACGGCUCACCUGUGUUUUCUAUUCUGUUCUUGACACGGGAAAUAUUUCAUGGAAACCCCUUCUUGUCAUUCCCCGUAUUGCCACUUGUCAGUUUUUAUUCCGAGUUUCUUCUCUUUCCCUUCCAUUACUUUUCCGAGUGUGUUGCUGCCUUGGUUGUCCAGGAUACCACCACUUACUUCCAUCCCGUGGUGGGGAUUCCCUUCCACGUCAAGCAGUGUCUCCAUAGGAUCGGUCAUUAUUACUGUACUACGGUUCGCACCCCCUAGACCCUGGGCCAAUAUCAUAAGAAAAAUCAACCCUUUGUGCGCCUCUCCUGGGGAACGAAAACUUUUCCCAGAGUUUUUCUUGCCUUUUAUAUCAUCUUUUAUGUCUGCCCACAGGAUUCUGCUGCCUGUGUGAAGCAUACUUGGGGAAAAGAGCCACACACUGUCUGAACAGAAAAAAAAAAAAACCCUUUUUUUCUCGUCCUGGCACACACAAGCAUUGGACACCACCAAAAAAAAGCUUGGGACCGGCAAAUUUUGUACAAGUCCGCAGCAGGUGCAUAAGCCGUUCACAACCCCACGUCGCCUGCGACCACCGAAUAUGGCAACAGUGACUUUCACAGUCACCGAAUUCGACUUGUCCAACUGUCGCCCAAAGCCCAUAGCUGACAGAAUCAAUGAUGUCCCGGGCCUCAAGACCAGCACUGCCUUCUUUUCCUUCCUCCGCGCGAACCUCGUGCAGACACCUUCGACCAUGUCAUCCGUGAACACACCACUCGUUGAGCCGACGGACACGGCACCAGUGCCGCACAACCUGCGCCGCAACGGCGCCGCAGCCGUUUCCCCGGCGUGCCUGGACGACGACGACGCCAUCCCGCCCCUGUCCCUCGAGCUGCUGACGGAGCGUGCCGACCGCGUCCAGGCCCUGAAGCUCGUCGCCGACAGCGUCGCCCAGCAGCGCCAGCGUGCCGCCUACUCGCUCAUCUUCCACCCGCUGCCGCUCGCCCUGCUGGCCGCAGGCCUAGCCCUCGCCUACAAGCAGGCCAGCCACGACCUCGGCACGCUUCUGGCCCUGUCGUCCGGCGUCGUCAUGACGUACCUCUUGGCUAUUCGGUACGUUACGGCGCCGUACAUCCGCCACGCCGAGGCGAUGGGCUGGCCGUUCUUGUCGCGCCUCGGCGAUUCCGAGGCGGACGGCACCGACCUCGCAACGGAGGACAUGGUUAUCGGGACAAAGUUUGGCGACGAGCUCAUCGGCGCAUUGGUCCUGCGCCUGGAGCCGCCCAGCCGCCCCGGUUCGUCCGAGGGCGGCAGGCGGCGCAACCGCACGCUGAGCCUCAAGGGUGGCAGGGGAGUCAUCCGCGCGUGGACCACCAAGCUGCGGUUCAGGUCAAAGGGCGUGGGCGGAGACAUGCUUCACGAGGCCGUGCGCCUCACACGGGAAAGGUGCGGACGCGACGCCGAAGUGGGCUUUGCGCUGGAACAUGCCAACAGCCUGCGCGUCCUGCCCGACUUGUUCAACGGUCCGUUCAGGAGGGACGAGGUGAGGGCUGCAAAGGCCCUCAAGGCCGUGCUUGGAGAGUGGGAGGGUGGUCGACGCAAGAGGUGAUGGUGCUUGAGAGCACAUUGGCAUCUGUCAUUUUUGGGUUUUACAGGGGUUUUUUUUUCAGGAUCACCAGUUUUUAGAUAGAAAGAGGGCUUAGGUUUGCCAAGUGUUUUACGGGAAGUUCGGAUGGGAAAAAAAUAAUGAUACCAAGAUACCAUUCUUUUAUUACAGUAUUUUCACAAUUUCAAGCCGUAUUCAAUUCGGGGCGGUGUGGUUGCAUUAUUGAUCGUAUAUUAAUUGUUUCCCGUCCCCAUUUUCUUGACCGUCAUGGC